CACAUCCAGCCUCUAAUAAGAUUAGAAUAACAGUUGAAUAUACUUCCUUUCGAGGGCGGUCGCAGCUUCGACCAGACGUAAUGUGCUGGAUAACCCUAAGCCCGGUCAUGAAACGAAGGCUUCAUCCUCGCCGGAAAUACCGCCACCAUCAUCAUAAUCCUUCCGUCGAAGAGCUUAUUCAAAUCUCGAGCGACAACCCAAUUGCGACAACUGCAUACCCAAGCUAUCGCCAACAAAGAGUCCGCAUCAUCACCCCGACACUCCCCAUUCACUCCGACCACCACCAUGACAGAUACCACCAUCCCCAUCAUCGUCCACAUAUUCCUCCGGAUAAACUACAUGGGCACGGUCAGAAAAGGGUGCCGCCUCCUCCGCCUCCAAGUCCAUGCUCAGAAAGAGUGCGUGUGACAAUCUCUGAAUCCUCAGGUCCUCGAGUGAGGGGGGCGAGAUACGGGACAGUAAUUGCGGAGCCUGGAAGACAAGAUAUCAGAGAGACAACGAGGGUUGCGUUAAGAGAAGCUACGCCAGCGUGGGAUAGAGGACGGCUGAGAAGGGUAGCGGGAUAUGAAGUCUUGAGCGCGCAAGUGCCGUGGGGUUGGGACUGUGUUAGUAGCACGGCAGGGAGUGGCACACGGAGAAGGGAGGGAAGAAGAGGGUUGAGAUAUCCACCGUUUGGGCCAGCGAGUAGUUGGAUGUGAGAGAUAAUAGUUCUAGUUACGGCGCCUUUUCGCCUAACGUGGAGCAUGACAAGAGAAGAGUUGAACCAUUAAAUAUCUUGCUAGAAUCGGGGAGAACAUUAAUAAGAUGCAAGGUUGUCUUGAAUUACUGCACUGUCAUGUUCGGUGGUAGAGGGAGAACGAUGCAGUAGUUUAUUCGCUUUUGUGGACUUAAAAUAGUAUUGUGGUGGUCUGUCAUGAGUCGGUGUUGGCAGACGUGGGUUCGCGAUGGCGAUGGCGAUGGCGAUGAAGGAGUGAAGGAGGGAAGGC